AUGGCUGUGGCCAUUGAUCAACAUCAUGGAUUUAAGCAUUUUAGCCGAUCCCAGAGAUGCAAACUCCAAUCCUUUGGUCACAUUGAUCCCAACAUUGUAGAAGUUGGCUUAACUAGUACUUUUUCCCACUCCUUAGAACUAGCAGUAGCAGUUCAAGCCGAUAAUAUUCACCGCAGUGUCUCCACUCCAUGCCUCCCCCUAUCAGGGGAAGAUCUCAGUUCUAACCAUCCAAGGGUUGAGAUAGUUCGUGGAAGUGGAGCUCCAGUGCAUGCUCUAGUUGUUGAGGUUGCAAUAGCAAUGGCCUCAGGGGUUCAACCAACACCACUCCCAAGUGGCCUAGGUGGUGCCUAUGUUUUCCCCAACCAAAGUGGCAACAACAUUGCUGUGGCAAAGCCUAUAGAUGAAGAACCUUUAGCCUUCAACAACCCAAAAGGGUUAGGGGGUCACAUGUUGGGCCAACCUGGCCUAAAGAAAUCAAUUAGGAUUGGUGAAACUGGUAUAAGAGAAUUGGGUGCUUAUCUCCUUGAUCAUGGAGGCAUGGCUGGUGUGCCUCCUACUGCUUUAGUGCAAUUCUCUCAUGCUGCAUUUUUCGUUAGUACUGCUACUUCUGCUACUACUGAUUCAACCGAAGUCCAUCCUCACAUGCCUAAAAUUGCCUCACUCCAACGCUUUGUUGGUCAUGGUUUUGAUGCUGGGGAGUUGGGUCCUUCAUUCUUCUCAGUUGAUUCAGUCCACCAUAUUGGGAUUCUAGACAUUAGGAUUCUGAAUCUUGAUAGACAUGCAGGGAAUAUGCUUGUGAUGAAACAUGAGCACAAUAGUACUAGUUAUGUUCAUCAAGGAGUUUUUGACCUUGUUCCUAUUGACCAUGGUUUUUGCCUCCCUGAGUGGCUGGAUGAUCCUUAUUUUGAGUGGCUGCAUUGGCCACAAGCCUCCAUUCCUUUCUCUGAAAAUGAACUAGAGUACAUUUCCAAACUUGACCCUUUUAAAGAUGCAGAGAUUUUGAGAACUGAGAUUCCUCUAUUGAGGGAGUCUUCUAUUCGUGUUCUUAUAGUUUGCACCAUUUUCUUGAAGCAUGCUGCUGCUGCUGGCCUUUGUCUUGCUGAUAUAGGCCAAAUGAUGACUAGGGAACUUUGUGGUGGUGAAGAAUCUGCAAGUGAAAUGGAAAAUAUUUGCUUGCAAGUCAAGGCUCGUGUUUCCAACAAUGAGAGAUGCAAAGAAGAAACUGAAGGAGGGUCUAUUUGUGAUGAAACUGGUGGCAUUUCCUUUGGAGACCUCAACCAAGGUGAAUGGGAAUCGUUUUUGGAGAUUUUUAAUGAUCUUUUGCAUGCAGUUUUUGAGGAAAAGAAGUGCAAGAAUUGA